AUGGCCCCAAAGCGAGUCCUCAUUUCCUUCGGCGUCGACGUCGAUGCCGUAUCAGGGUGGCUCGGCUCAUAUGGCGGCGAAGACUCCGUAAACGACAUUAGUCGGGGCCUCUGGGCAGGAACAGUCGGAGUCCGGCGCCUUCUAAAGCUCUUUAGCAAAUACGACAUGAAGACAACGUGGUUCGUCCCAGGCCACUCGCUUGAGACAUUCCCAGAGGAGAUGGCCGCUGUCCGCGACGCAGGCCAUGAGAUCGGACUGCAUGGAUACUCGCAUGAGAACCCGACGGAUAUGACCAUUGAGCAGCAGCGGGAUGUGCUCGAUAAGACGUAUCGCAUGCUCACGGAGUUUGUGGGGAAGCCGCCGAGGGGGAGUGUGGCGCCCUGGUGGGAAACAAGCCAAGCAGGCCUCGAGCUCCUCCUCUCCUACGGCAUCGAAUACGACCAUAGCAUGAGCCACGAGGACUGCCAGGCCUACUACCUCCGCACAGGCGACACCUGGACAAACAUCGACUACAGCCAGAAAGCCGAGACAUGGAUGAAGCCAUUGGUGCGCGGCACGCAAACGGGGCUGGUUGAAAUCCCAUCAAACUGGUACCUUGACGACCUGCCGCCCAUGAUGUUCAUCAAGAAGGCGCCGAAUAGUCAUGGGUUCGUCAAUCCACGUGAUGUCGAGGAUAUCUGGCGGGACCAUUUUGAUUACUUCUAUCGGGAGUAUGACGAGUUUGUGUUCCCAAUUACGCUUCAUCCUGAUGUUUCGGGGAGGCCGCAUGUGCUUUUGAUGCUUGAGCGAUUGAUUGAGCAUUUCAAGAAACAUGAUGGGGUUGAAUUUGUGACUAUGGCGCAGGUGUGCGACGAGUUUAAGCAGAAGAACCCGUCGCCGCCGAAUGCGCUGAUGCCGGCUCCUGUUGGUGCUAUGUUGAAGGACUAG